AUCUAAAAUAUAAUAGGCCUGCAAGCGAAACCACAGAAUAUCUAGAGAAUGCCUUAAAUAUAUAUCGACUGUCGUAAUUGAAGAUGUUAGUGGUAAAUGAAUAUCACGAUGAUUGACGUAGAGGAUGUUUGGUUUACUCCAUUGUUGAUGUAGGAUUGACUGACACGAUGCAGCAGAAAGUUCUUGGUUGGGGUAGUUCCCAGCAUGGACAACUUGCUGUUGGGGCCUCAGAUGAAUAUGUGAUAUCUACUCCAACAUAUAUUCCCUUACUCAGUAGUGGGCAAUUCUGCUUGGCAAAGAUCGGCUGUGGAGAAAUGCACUCCCUCUUUGUCACGUCUGAUGGUGACAUCUUUUCUUGUGGAAACAAUGACUAUGGACAACUUGGACGUGAAAACAGCAGGUCCAAACCAGAAAAAAUUGAACAACUUAGCAAAAUGAUUGUGACACAAGUUGCUGCUGGCAGUCAUCACAGCUUGGCUUUGACGGCUGCAGGAGAGGUAUUUAGCUGGGGAGACAACAGUUUGGGACAGCUCGGACGAGGCCAGGUUGAUGAAGCUGUACAGAGAAAGCCGAAGUUGAUCAAGGCUCUUGUUCUAUAUACAGUGGUACAGAUUGCUUGUGGCAGCUGUCACUGUCUAGUGUUAACAGACGAUGGACAGGUGUUCUCUUGGGGUGGCAAUAGUCAUGGUCAAUUAGGACAGGGUACAAAGGACCGUCACAUAGACACACCGAAGCCAAUCAUAUGUCUGCGGGGUAUACCUAUAGCACAGGUAGUGACAGGAGGCUUCCACAGCUUUGUACUGACUGUGUCCACGGCUGUGUUUGGAUGGGGCAAGAACUGUUUUGGGCAGUUAGGACUGAAUGAUGAUGCAGACCAUUCCCAUCCAAUGCUUUGUAAGUCAUUGAGAGGACAGAAAGUAAAGCAUAUAUCUUGUGGAGACGACCAUACAGCUGUUUUAACACAGGAAGGUGGCGUGUUUACGUUUGGUGCUGGCGGAUAUGGACAGCUUGGUCACAACUCCACUGACAAUGAAAUCCUUCCUAAGAAAGUAGUGGAACUCAUGGGGAGCAAAGUCACACAGAUAGCAUGUGGCAGACGGCACACAUUGUCCUAUGUACCUAACAGUGGUAGAGUAUAUGCCUUCGGUUUGGGUGGUAGUGGACAGCUGGGGAUCGGAGUUCCUGGCAAUAAAACUAUUCCCUUUCCUAUACAUGGAGCCUUUGCUUCUGGAGAGGGAAAAUGCACAUCGGAAGUGAUGGAUCACGACCAGCCAUUACUAGUCAAAGAAAUACAUGCUGGUGGUGACCACUGUUUUAUAAUUGCUGCCUUUCCAUUGACUGGUGUUCAUCCAUCAGACUACAGACAAUAUGACCCGGCCACACAGAUAGCUAGUCUGACCCCAGAAAUGAUUAAAAAGAUAUCAGACCUAGCAGAAGACGAUAAUCCAUUAGACUUCUUUGAUGAAGUGGAGAAAGUGUUUUCUACAGCAUCUUGUUUGAAUGCAUCAUUCCUGUUAGAACAUGAACACUAUGGCUGUGGCAGUAAAAAUCCUGGAUUGGACAUGACUCUGGUCAGGGACUAUAUGCAUAAACUUGGAAUGUCCAAAAAUACAACUGUGAUACAGAAGAUAACUCUAGCUUUAACUAGAUUGCUGUCUUCACUACCUUUGUCCCCACCUGAUGUGGAAGCCCUUCGGCUCUACCUCAUUCUGGCAGAAUUCCACCUGUUUGAUCAGCCAAAACACUAUUUGACACUUAUUGUUCCAUUUGGAAAGUGUAUAAUAAGCCUAGACAAGGCAGCAUCUAAAGUAUUAGAUAUAUGGUGGUCAAAAUUAAAGAACUCAUUUUUCAGUAAGAUUGUUUAUAUUUACAAGCAAGUUGUGAUUUAUAUACUCCAACAACAAACUACUACUGCAGAAAAUGAGAUGAGCCUUGAGGCAUUGAAGGUGUCCCUAGAGGUCCUAAAGAAGCUGAAUGCUGUGAAUGAACAGCAUGGUCAGAUCAUCCCCUACCACCAGUUCUAUGUGUCUGAGCUACGUGACCGAGUCAACAUUGAGAGGGACUACCUCAGCUGGUUAUAUCAACCCAGACUCUUCCCCACGCCUAUGCUGUCCUUCUGUGAUUACCCGUUUGUGUUUGAUGGUGCGGCUAAAAGUUUAUUGCUGCAAACAGAUGCCAAUAUGCAAAUGAGGACAGCCUUUGAGGAAGUACAUCGUCGUAACAUCCAGAGCUUUCUAUUGCCCAUGGUAAUAGAUCCUGUCAGUCCCUGUCUGGUACUCCAUGUCUCCCGUACAAAUAUUGUUGGGGAUACCAUUGCCCAAAUUAUGAUGCAAGGUGCUGCAGACUUCAAGAAGCCUCUGAAGGUCAUGUUUGCGGGUGAAGAAGCCAUUGAUGCUGGUGGUCUACGAAAGGAAUUCUUUAUGUUGCUGCUAAGAGAAGUCCUAGACCCAAAGUAUGGCAUGUUUAAAUAUUACGAGGAAUCUCGCGUGUACUGGUUCAAUCCUAUGACGUUUGAAGGAAUUGAUAUGUUUCACAUGAUCGGAUGUUUGUGUGGCCUCGCCAUCUACAACUCAACCAUCAUACAGCUUGACUUUCCAUUGGCGCUCUACAAAAAACUCCUCAAAAGGUCUGUAAACAUUGAAGACUUGAAGGAUCUGAUGCCAACAGUAAGCAGAGGCAUGGAGGACCUAUUGGAUUCUGAAGAUGACGAUAUUGAAAACACAUUCUGUUUGACAUUUGAGGUAACAGUGGAGAACUUCGGAGAAAUACAAAGCAUGAAUCUGGUACCUGGAGGUUCACAUAAGACCGUCACCAAGGACAACAGAAAGGAGUAUGUUGAUGCGUAUAUAGAUUUCAUGUUCAACAAAUCUGUAGACCAACAGUUCCAGGCAUUUUCUGCAGGCUUUCAUAAGGUGUGCGGUGGUAAGGUUCUGGAAUUGUUCCAUCCUCAAGAGUUGCAGGCCAUGGUGGUAGGCAAUGAAGACUAUGACUUUCACGAGCUAGAGAAGAACACAGAGUACAAAGGAAACUACCACCGGUAUCACCCAACGAUCAAACUUUUCUGGGAAGUAUUUCAUGAUCUUUCAUUGGAGCUCAAGAAGAAGUUUUUGUUGUAUCUGACAGGCAGUGACAGGAUUCCUAUUCUUGGAAUGAAGUCCAUCAAAAUGGUGAUCCAGCCCAUGCUAGGGGUAGAGAACCAUCUUCCUGUGGCACACACCUGCUUCAAUGUGCUCGAUCUUCCUACCUACACUACAAAAAAUGUGAUGUUACAUAAACUCCAGCAGGCCAUAGAACAAACUGAGGGAUUUGGUCUGGUGUAGGUCUUGUGAAACUAGUGAAUUUGUGUGAAUGCUUGCUUAAAAUAUGUAUACACCAAAAUCUUUGAGAGACUAUGAAAUAGAAUGAAGAAUUUUGUGCUAUCUUCAUAAGUUUGAG